AGGUCAUUGCCUCUCUCACUCUUUCUUCACAACACAAUGGCAGUUUCUGAUGAGAUUGGAGCUCUCACAAGGGCCUUCUCAGGACUGGGUAUCGAUGAGAAGUCAUUGAUAUCGAUACUGGGGAAAUGGCAUCCGGAGCAGAGAAAUUCAUUCAGGAAAGGAACUCGUAACUUCUUCAUCGAGGAUGAACGACAGUUCGAGAGGUGGGACGACCGUCACAUCAUCCAAUUGGAGCGUGAGUUCCUACGUUUUAAGAAUGCUAUGCUGCUUUGGACCAUGCAUCCUUGGGAAAGAGAUGCCCGUUUGGCUAAGGAGGCUCUGUACAAGGGACCGCAGUAUGGUGUGCUCAUAGAGAUUGCAUGUACUAGAUCGUCCGAAGAGCUAUUGGGAGCAAGAAGAGCCUACCACUCCCUCUUUGAACGCUCGAUAGAGGAAGAAGUUGCCUCUCGUGUCGGUGGAAUUGAACGCAAGCUCUUGGUUGCACUUUUGAGCUCAUAUCGUUAUGAAGGUCCACGGGUCAAUGAAGAAAUUGCAAAAACCGAGGCUAAAACACUUUGUAAUGCCAUUAAAAAUGCUGGUAAGAAACCAGCUAUUGAGGAAGAAGAGGUUUUGAGGAUACUAACUACAAGAAGCAAGCUCCAUAUCAAGGCAGUGUACAAACACUACAAGGAAAUCAGUGGCAAGUAUCUCGACCAGGAUCUUGAUGCUGAGUUGGGCUUAAAAGAGACAGUGCAAUGCCUAUGCUUACCUCAAACAUAUUUUAGCAAGGUUCUGGAUGAUGCAUUGAAAACCAGCGUGGAUGAGAUUACGAAAGAAACAGUGACUCGGGUAAUCGUUACUCGAGCAGAUGCUGAUAUGAAGCAGAUCAAAGAAGAGUACCAUCAGAAAUAUGGGGCUACUCUCUCCAAGAAAAUCGAAGAUGUAGCCAAUGGCAACUAUAGAGAAUUCUUGCUUACAUUGGUUGCAAGAGGAGACCAAUGAAGAAAGUAUUAACCAAACCUUUGGGCAUCAAUGAAUUUGCUCUUUCUUGUCAUUCAUUUGUUUCAUGGCUUGGUUUGUUGCCGGUGUCCUCCUGCUUUUAUGAGUGUUAUUUGAUCACAAAAGAG